UUUCCAUUUGUUUAGCACCUUUAUCUGCGCUGAUGGCACCUGUGAACGUCGAGAUUAGCUUUAUCACUGUGUCGUUUCCUGCAGUUUGCGUAUAAAAGGUUAUGCGUUUGUCCUGUCAACGUUUCUUACUGCGUUAGCGAUGAGGUUGGUUGCCCUUGUUUUGUGUUCUGCGUUGCAUUUCCAGGGGUUGAAGGGCAGCCCGCCUGAUGACCCCGAGUUGAUUGAACGAUCUCUGGCCACGACCAACUUACUUGGUUUCUCUGAAGAACUCCUCUUUGAUGCCCUUUUUCCUAAUGAAGUCGAACACCUCCACAGUGCUGAGGAGUUGAUGAAGGCGUUGAGCAGUGCCGAGGGCCAGGAAGCUGCCCGGGCGGCGGCGAUGCGUUCAAUGCUGACAAACUCGCGGGCUCGCGGCACCGGCGGCUGGCUGGGCGGAAUGUGCGACGCGAUGCCUUGGCUCUCGUGGCUGAUGCGCUGCGCCGGUUCCGACGAGCAGAUGGGUCUCGAGAACCGCGAGGACCCGGCGCCUGAGCCUAGCACCCUGGUCAUCGAGAAGUAUGUCUAUGCCAGGUGCGACCCUGGCGAUGGAGACUACGACGACAGCAACAGCAAGGCCGUCGAGCCGUGAAACAAAGAAAAAAAAAUUGGAUUUAUAAUCCAGGAUGAUGUUCAGCUGAGUUAUUUUUCAUUUACAAAAUUUUAAAGCUUGAGUUUGAAUUGUUUAUCUUCAAAGUGAUAUAUUUUUUAAAAAUUUUAAUUAAUCAUUUAAAAUUAUGGUGAGUCCUAUGCUUGUUUUGUUUGAGUAAUUAAAUAAACUAGGUUUUUCACGUUA